AUGCGACAGAUUUCUAGCGCGAAGUCCUCAGGGCUGGCCUCCUCGUCGUCGUCGGCGAGUGGCGUUGCCGCGCCCUGCUCGGUCUCCUCACAGAGACGAGCUAUUGGCGGCGCCCUCUCGCUAGCUGCCAUCGCCGGCCGUCGCGGAGGGGCGGCACCUCUGCGCAGCGUGUGCCGCAUAAACAAGCGGCAGCUGUGGAGCAGGCUCGUGAGGAGUACGCGCGCGCCGAAUGCUUGGCGGGUGCGCGAUGAGGACUUCUCUCCUCCAACAAACUGGCAGCUGCGCCGACAUGCGGUGAACGCGGCGAUCCCGAUGGUCGGCUUUGGCUUCAUGGACAACGUGAUCAUGAUCCAGGCGGGCGACUACAUCGACUCGACGCUGGGCGUCACGCUCGGCCUCUCGACCCUCACCGCGGCAGCCUUCGGCCAGGUCGUCUCCGACGUGUCCGGGACACUGUUCGGCAACACGAUCGACCAUAUUGCCGCCCGCUCCGGCCUGCCCACGGCGAAGCUGACCGAUUCACAGAGGAGGAUGCGGCGCGUGCGGCUGGCGGGGAUGGCGGGCGCGGUGGGCGGCGUGAUCGUGGGCUGCUUGCUCGGCAUGACGACCCUCCUCUUCAAGGACCUCGGCAAGAACGAGCGGCUUCGGCGGCAGCGAGAGAUGAGCACGCUGUUCUCGACGCUUAUGCAGGAGGGGCGUUCCCUUCCCUGUGAGGGCCACGAGCUCAUUGGCGCCGAGCACUGCACGCUGCAGCUGGUGUACCGGCUGCGUGGGUACGAGAUGCGCUCGCUGCUCAUCGGACCGGUGUUUGGGGACGACGGCGCGGUGGUGGGGCUGGUGGAGCUCGUCAACAAGACGGGCGCCGACGGGCAGCCCGACCCGUCGGGCUUCCACAGGGACGACGAGCGCAUGCUGCAGAUGCUCUGCUCGCACUGCUCAAUCUUCCUCAAGAACCUCUCCGGCGACUGAGGCGGGCGACGGCGCUGCACGGGCCGCGCGCCGCUCAGCGCGCUGCCUUCGCUGUGGGGGCGAGCGACGCUGCUGUCACCAACCGCGAGCGACGCGGCGUGCCCCGCGAGGCCGCGGCUGCAUGUGCCUCUCCAUCGGUGAUUUUGCUCCCCGCGCGGCCCCGCAGCACCUCUUGCGGGGCGGCUGUACUAUUGCGCCCCAUUUUGCGCGUCGCUACUGUACGUGAGUUGCACAAGGUAAGGUAUGAGAGGAGGACGAAGACAGCAGGCAGCCCGCUUAAUUAAG